GGCUGGCGAAAGCAGAAGACAAGGCUAAGGCACAUCGCGCGAAGAAGUUGGAAGCUUCCCUCCUCAGCGGUAGCAACGAAGAGCAUAAGAAAAAGCUUUCGGGAUCCAAUGCGAGAAAAGAGGCCACCACCUUAGCAACUGCUCCUUCAGCCACAGCUGCAGGAUGCCUUGAAAUGCCAGCACUGUAAAAAACAGUUCAAGUCAAAAGCAGGGCUGAAUUAUCACACAAUGGCAGAGCACAUGAACAAGACUGCUCCUGUGGAAGCUGCUGUCCCUCUCGGGGAGCUAGGAGACAGGGAAAGGCUGAGGAAAAUGCUAAAGCAGAUGGGGAAACUCAAGUGUCCGAAUGAGAACUGGUUCCACACCUCGACCGAUUCUUCGAAGAAAAAGAAAAGUAAAGAACAGAGAUCGCCCAGCAACGAGGAACGAAAGACUAGUCCCGACGGCAAGAAGCGAGGCCGGAAACCGAAGGAGAGGCCUUCCGAAUUUUUCCCGAAAGACACAGAAAGCCUCCUGGGAAAUAUUAACCAUAAGAAAGCCACGGGGUCUUGGCCGGUGGCAAACUGCAUCCUGGAUGAAAAAGAUAGAGUGCAGAAGUGCCCAACCUUACCCCCAGAGCAGCCAGAGCUGAAACCCGAACCCAGCCCCGUGGAAGAUUUCGAGAGGACCCCCAGCGGCCGCAUCCGGCGCACCUCCGCCCAAGUCGCCGUCUUCCACUUGCAGGAAAUAGCAGAGGAUGAGUUGGCCAAGGACUGGACCAAGCGGCGGAUGAAGGACGAUCUGGUCCCCGAAACAAAGCAACUAAACUACACUCGGCCUGGACUUCCCAAGUUGAACCCGCGGCUUCUGGAGGCCUGGAAGAAUGAAGUCAAAGAAAAAGGACACAUCAAUUGCCCAAAUGACUGCUGUGCAGCCAUUUACUGCAGUGUGUCCGGCUUAAAAGCCCACCUGGCCAACUGUAAUAAGGGAGGCCAUUCGGUGGGCAAAUAUCAUUGUCUUCUGUGUCAGAAGGAGUUUAGCUCAGAAAGUGGGGUCAAAUACCACAUCAUCAAGACACACUCAGAGCUUUUAUUUAGCAGCAACUAA